AUGAAUUUGCAUGAUAUUGUGACAGAGUGUGACACUGUUUAUAAAGGUGCGAAAGCACAGUGUAAGAGUUUGUAUACAUUUUUGUAUAUUAACGGUAUGAGCACUACAACAGAAUUGAUUAUGCUAUUCUGCUAAAAAGUUUUGAAAAUGGGUGCUUAGUAAACAGGCAAUUUAUAUUGUGUAGUUGAUUUUAAACAGUGAACGUUGAUAGCAGCAUACAAAAGAUAAAUAUAAACACUAAUAUGUGAGUGAAUAGAUAAAUAAUACAUGAAAAAGUCGUAUCCCCAGGUGUACCACACAAAAACACCCAAACAAAUACAAGAAAUAAAGAAUGUGGAAAACACAAAAUACGUAUAAAUAAAAUUACAACAACCUGAAAAAAUAUUGGUAGAAAAUUCCACUGAUAUAGCAGCAUACAAAAGAUAAAUAUAAACACUAAUAUGUGAGUGAAUAGAUAAAUAAUACAUGAAAAAGUCGUAUCCCCAGGUGUACCACACAAAAACACCCAAACAAAUACAAGAAAUAAAGAAUGUGGAAAACACAAAAUACGUAUAAAUAAAAUUACAACAACCUGAAAAAAUAUUGGUAGAAAAUUCCACUGAUAUAAAUAUAUGAUAUCUAGAAAAAAUCUGAACAAUACAUAGCGUAAUACAGUAUUAGAAAAAACACCACCGUGCGUAUAUGAUAGAACACUCACAAACAAAUGGGAAUUAAAGGCUCUUCACCCUUCCAAGGGUACUGGAGGUAGAAUUAUUCUGUAUUAAAGGCUCUUUGGUUUGGAACAAAGGAAAAACAGCCAAAAUAAUGAAGUAAAAUUUAGACAAGAUAAAUCUGCCUCUUUGGCUGACAUAAUCAGAAUCCAUGAUCUCAGCCAAUCACAAUGCUUUUCAAUACAAAAGCAAUGGAUUGGUUAAGAUUGUCAAUUUUGAGGUGGUCUGGGGAGGAGGGGCGGGUGGUUAUUGGGAGGACUGAGCAAACAUUGCAGGAUGACUUGGCAGUUUUGGACAAUAUACUAAAUGUAGUGGCUAGUUCGAACAAGUGCAAUAGCAAGAUUUUUUUUAACAUAAAUGUAUGACUACUAAUGUAUUACAUUAACUGAUGCUUCACUUGCUAUGUGUUAUUAUCUAAUACUUUUUACACAUGUUUAUGCCAUUGGCACUGUUUAGAAAUCUCAGUUUAGCUGUGUUUUCAUUUUCACUGUAGGAUAUGCUGUUACAGCUGGUCAUUUCGCUCAUCCAACAAGCAUGGACGUGGUUGGUGGAGCACCCCAAGAUAAUGGAAUCGGAAAGGUAAGACUUCCGUUGCUCAGAUACAUAGCAGAACGUGACUUAUUCAGAACGGAUCUCUCUACUUCCAGAAAGUUGAUGACCAGAAGACUUUUAUUUCCUUUGUAAUCGUAAACUUAUUUUUAGCUCAUUGUUUGUGAUGUAAUGUGAAGUUGUCAGCCAAACUUUUUUUUUUUUAUGACACAAGGUUAUGCAGCACAAAUGAUUCAAGUUGACAGAGAAAUCAGAUUAUAUGUUGAAAUAUGAGAACACAUGAUCUCUUUUGCAAAACUCAAUCUUGCAUUUAUCAGUAUUUAAAACAACGAUAUAAAAUAAUAAUAGUAAUACAUUCAUAUUAUACAUCAAGCUAAAUUUUUAGCUGAUGGUUUUGAAGCCAGCUGCCAUAUUAAAAGCAUUGCAGUAGGCAAGUGAGUGAAGCAGCAUAAUGUAAACGGGUAACCCAUUAUUGGAGCGUUUGUGUCCGAGGCCUUUUUUGGCACUUUUGCCAUGUAUUUAUUCUACCACAAUUUCCCUCCUUUCUGUUUACUAGCACCCAUACAUAUUAUAUAUACUUUUUAAAGGAGAAAUAGGGAUUUCUUUUGAUAUCCUAUAUGUAUAUAUAAUGCAGUAUUAAAUAGGAAUGGAAUAGUCAAAAAUGGAAAAAAUUCCAACAUGUUUAAUCAUUUUUACACACGUGAAAAGUAACUCAAAAUAGAUUCACUAAUUAGUUCUAAUUGUUAAAAUUCCCCAAAUGUCUAGGAUUUCAAUCCAUUUUUACGUUUUACAAAACAAAUGCUGCGUGGUGUGAAUUUUGUUUUUAAAGCUAAAACUUUGCAAACUUUGGCAUGGUGAGAAUACAACUGUCAUUGUACUCACAGAAUCUUUUAUAUAAUUACUAUCCUCAAAGGACAUGUGUCAUAAAUGGUUAAAGUGACACUCUUCAUCUAUAGUUAAUGGUGAGAUAAGCAAUUUAUGUUGUGUUUUCAAAUGUGAAAUUCCUACAGACUAAUAUGUAUUUAGAAAAAAACUAGCAUGUCUACUUUGUCAGUAAAUAUAUUUGGAAAUCUAAAAUGUAUCCCUUUUCAUGGAAACAAAAGUUCUGAUUUAAUGCAUUGCAUUUCAGCUAGUGCAAUCCAGUUCAGUUCAGUUCAGUGCAGCUAAUUCUUAGGCUACGCCUUCAUCUAUGGCUUUUUUUCAGCAAUACCUUGACCUUCUCCCACUUUACACUUUACAGAGAAAAUCACUCUAGUCAGCAGACCACAACCAGCAAGGAUCCUUGGGGAACAUAAAUCAUUAUGAUGUCCUCCAAAACACUAAAAAAUGUUAUGAAUUGAAAGAGUGGUAUUGGCAGAAUAUCAAGAAGAUAACUGAUUCACUUCAUACAUAAUGCUUAGUACUUUAUCCUAAAUUUUAUAAACCAUAUCCCAUAAAAAUAAAUGUUGAGAAAUCAUGCUGUAAAUAUGCAAUAAAAACAGAUUUUUUUUUUUACUAAUAAAAUAAAUCUUCUAUUCUUGAGCUUCAAUGCUGAGGAGUCUGUAUAUCGGCAUCUCUGUAUUUUAAGACUUAAGAAAAAAAAUCCACUCAUUGGGCAAAAUGUGCUUUUCAAGUUUAAAUUAUAUGGUAAAUGUGUUUAUAUGACCUGGAAAUGGUCUUUGGCUGAUACGUGCCUCAAGCAGAAUGUGACAAAAUGAAUAACUGUUCAUCCAAUAGAUGCGUCAACCUGUGUAGAUUAAAUGCAAAAGGUUCCAAUGACUCAUUUGAGAAGCUCUAUCAUACUGUUCAUUUAACAUUAUCCUUUGAUAUGUCAUACCUGUGGUGCCAGUCCAUGGUGUCUCAAAUAUUGACUGAAGAAGGGGUAUUAGUGCCUGAAAACUAGCAAUUGUUUUUUUUUUUUUUUCACUUAACCAACACACAUAUCACCUUAACAUCACAUAUAUAUUUAUAUAUGUAUAUAUAUAUGUGUGUGUGUGUGUGUGUGUGUGUUUAUUACAAAUGUACUUUUGUAUAUCGUCAACUUUUGUACUUAAGCAAAUCUGAUGUGACAUUAUUUUUUCACUUUGUUACAUCUUUACUCAGAAACAGAUAUUAAUGCAUCAAGUCUAUGUAGACGGUAAUAUAUGCUAAGCACAUCUACUUUUGCAGACUGUGUAAUUUGAUAUUCCCUUUGAGCUUGAUAAACCACAGUCAAUAGUUGUUCGUAAACAUUUGACAAAGUAAUUGCGUAAGUACUGUAUACUCAUCACUAAAAUAAAAAUCUAAUAUUGAUCAAAGCAUGUUAAAAACAAUUAUUCAAUAGCAGAAGUUAAACACAGUGAAAAGUUAAGAAAAUGUAUUACUGGAAGAUAAUUCUCUAGGGGACUGGCGCUCGAUCCACAUUUCUCAUGUCUCCAUUUCUUUUAUAACAGCUACAAAAAGCUUUUACUUUGUAUGUUAUAAUAAAAAAAGAAAACAUUAAAAACCAACUUUGCAUCAACUGAAGUGCAUGUAAGCCAAAGCUGAGUGAUCAUUUGCUUGUCAAAAACUUUUUGUACUUCCGACUGCUUAAUGCUCUGCCAGUCAGCUAAGGGUGCACUUGACAAUAAUAUAUGUACAUUUGUGAAGAUUUUGUUGUAUUGAAUUGCUCUUUUUUAAUCUUGUUAGGUUUAUAUCUUCAGAACGGACAGGAGGUCAGGAUCACUUGUUAGAAUUUUUCAAGCACCCGGAAAAAAGGUCUGCUUAUUUCUAGAUACAUUUUACUCUUAUGCAUUUGCUGCCACUGACUUUCUUGAAACCCGUAAUUUUAUGUAAAAUGUGUGUGCAUUACAAAAAAUGCAAGCAGGAUGGCUAUCUUAACCCGCUUACAUAAUUUCCAAUUAACAUUUACAGAUGUCUUACAAGCAUAGUUAAUGGGACAGUUUUGGGUCUCCAUUUUAGUACUGUUUGAUAAGCUUUCCAAAUGAUAUAACAUUUUUGGAUAAACUUUUAACUUGAAUUAUUUUUUUUAAUAAUAUUUUAAUUUUGUAAUAUUUUUUAUAGGUUUUUGAUAUAUGUAUCUAUUAUUUUUCUUACAUAUGAUAUAUUUUUGAUAAUUUAAUCAUUUUAAAAGUAGCUCUAGAAAUAAUAAAUAAUUUGGCAAUAUUGUUCAGCAAUUUUAAAUCAAGGGCCUUAGUUGGAUCAGAACAACCCUUUAUGCAUCAUGGAAUAAAUGCAAAAAAAAAAAACAAAAAAAAAACAUAAAACAAGAAAGCAAAGCAACUCGCCUAUAAAUGUUCAGUCCCUGUUUGCUCUACAUCUGUAUACCGAGGUGGAAGUAAAAAGGAGUCCAUGUUUUCCAAACUAAUAGACACCAGGGACUUUCAUGUCCCCUCCCUUUGCUCCUACCCCUGUUGCCUAUAAAUAUUAAAGAGAAAUUUGGUAGCUGUGUGCCUAUUUCUAUGUGUUACUGUGAGACUGUGCACCUGUUUCUGUGUGACUGUGUGCCUAUACCUGUGUGUGAUGCUUUGCCUUUGUGGGACUGUGUACAUAUGGCUACGUGUUGCAGUAUAUGUUUGUCAUGGUGUGCAUGUGACUGUGUAUCUGUGUGUGACAAUGUGCAUGUGACUGUAUGUGAUAGUGUUUGCAUGUGACUGUGCAUCUUUGUGUAUGUGAUUGUGUGUCUGAUGGCUUGCCUGCAUUUAUUUGUGUGUCUUGUGUGAGACUGUGUGUCUAUGUGGGACUAUGCGCUUGUGGCUGUAUGUAAUACUGUAUGUGUGUAUCUAUGUGUGAGACUUAAUGUGACUGUGUGCCUGUGAUUGUAUGUGACUAUGUGUGUGUGUUUGUGACUCUGUGUCUGCAUCAUAGGCGUGCGCACGGGGUGUGCCGGGUGUGCCUGGGCACACCCUAAUUUCCACGGCACGCCUAUGUAUAUUGAGACCGGCAGGGGAGAUCUCAGGAUCUCCCCUGUCGGCUCAUGCAGAGCCGGCGCUAUCCGAGCGUCGGCUCUGCUCUCAGCCUCCCUCCCCACUGACCCGCAUGCAGGGAGGGAGGCAGGAGAGGACCGGUGGAGCUAUUGCCGGCAGCUCCGCCGGGUUCCUCUCGCGAGAUAUGAGCGUUGCCACGGCAAUGCUCAAAUCUCGCGAGAGUGAACUCUAGCCCCACAGGGGCUAGAGUUCACUCUCCACUGGACCACCAGGGAUGGAAUCAGAAGCAACAAGGAUCCCCCCUCCCUACAUAGGUAAGAAGGGAGGGGGGAUAGCAAGUAAUGUACCCCCACCUCCACCCCCACAAUCACCCACCCACAUACAGCACCCACAGACAUACACAGCACCCAACAUACAGCACACAUACAGCACCCACACACAUACAGCACCCACAGACAUACAGCACCCACACACGUACAGCACCCACACACAUACAGCACCCACACACAUACAACACCCACACAGCACCCACACAGAUACAGCACCCACACAGCACCCACACACAUACAGCAUCCACACACAUACAGCACCCACACACAUACAGCACCCACACACAUACAGCACCCACACACAUACAGCACCCACACACAUACAGCACCUACACACAUACAGCACCCACACACAUACAACACCCACACAGCACCCACACAGCACCCACACACAUACAGCACCCAUACACAUACAGCACACAUACAGCACACACACAUACAGCACACAUACAGCACCCACAGACAUACAACACCCACAGACAUACAGCACGAACAGACAUACAGCACCCACAGACAUACACAGCACCCACAGACAUACACAGACACACACAGCACCCACAGACACAGCACCCACAGACAUACACAGCACCCACAGACAUACACAGCACCCACACACAUACAGCACCCACAGACGUACACAGCACCAACACACAAACAGCACCCUCACACACACACAGCACACUAACGGUACCCUCACAAACACAAACAGGACCCUAACAAACACACACACAGCACACUACCAGUACCCUCACACACAAACAGCACCCUCACAUACAGUACAUUAACAGCACCCUCACAAGCGCACACACACACAAACAGCACCCUCACAUACAGUACAUUAAUAGCAUCCUCACAAGCACGCACACACAAACACCCUCACCCACAUAGCACACUACCAGCACCGUCACACACACAUCACACUAACAGCACCCUCACACAGCACACAAACACACUCAGCAGUGUGUGUAUGUGUAUAUAUGUGUAUAUAUAUAUAUAUAUAUAUAUAUAUAUAUAUAUACACACAUAUAUAUAUAUACAUACAUACAUAUAUAUAUAUGCGGCGUGUGCUUGUGCUUUAGGGUGCACACCCUAAUGCAAUAGGCUGCGCACGCCUAUGGUCUGCAUGCAUGUGACUGUAUGUGUAUAUGUGUGCGACUGUGUAUGAACCUUCAAAUUAGUAGAUGAAAAAUAAAGUCCUCAGCACACAGCAAUGUAAAGGUCAAAUGAUAGUUAAUUCAGACAUCAAAAGGCUGGGCAAUGUUUUGAUGCUCCUGGCGUCUUUGCCAAACUAUAAACAAUAGUGAAUAAUACAACAUUGCAUGUAGGUGUAUCUAUCACACAAUAAACCAAUUAACAUGCAGCGCUCUGUAUCACAUAUGUACAUUCAUUAGUGGACAAAAUAUUGAACACUUUGUGAAUCAUUGUUCUCUGUCUAUACAAUAAUAUCACUGUCUAUUAAAUAAAAUAUCCUGUAUAAUUGUGACCAAGUACAUGUUUUCAAACAGUAAAAGGAAAACAGUAAAAAAAUAAAUAAAUCUGGAAUUAAUGUAUAUAAACUUUUUAAACUUUUUAACAUUUAUCCUAUAUCAAUAUAUAGUGUUUAUAUACAGGUGAUUGUGAGUAUCACACUAAAAUAUAUCUACUUUACCUAUAUGGUAAUACAUUCUAUCUUUCCACUGCCAAACAAAUCAUAUAAAAUAUAAUAAUUAGACACGAUACAAAUAAUAUAUCAUAAUACAUUUCUAAUAUGUUUAUUUUUAUUUUUUUAUUAAUUGAUAUUAUCUGUACAAUAAAUAAAAUUUUGCCUUACAUGAAUAGAUCUUCUGUUUGUGGUUUUCUGGGUAGAGCCAGGAAAAUAGAGAAAAAGAUACCAGAGACAAAAAAUAAAAUAAAAAUAAAAAAGAAUCUCUCAAUUUUGAAAUUACAUUUUAUAGCUGAUAUUUCCAAUUUUCUAUCCUUAUAAUAAUUUUUCAUCUUUAUAAUUAUUUUGCAUUUGUGUGAUUAUGUAUGUUAUGGCAGUGUGUGUCUGACUGUGUAUGCAACUGUGCAUGUAUUUGUGUGUAUGUGACUGGACCCGUCUGUGUUUGUAUGUGUGUAUGUAUGCACGGCACAGUGUAUGUAUAUGAUGGAAUAAAAAAAGGGUAAGAACAGACAAGAAGUAAGAGGGUUCAUGCAUAGUUUAAAACUUGGGGGAGAAGGGCAAGAUACAUAUAUACCCUGGAUGCCAAGUGACCUAAUUACGUCUCUGUCCACUACACAUUCUUAAAAAAUCAUGUUCCAGUUAGAAAAAUAGAAAUAUUUCUUAAAAUUUGAUGUUUCAGUUUUUUUCAGUAAAUCAAGAAAUGUGUCCCUAUAAAGAUAUCAGAGAGAAAAUCAUUUCCCCAACUUUACUUUUAGCUAUAACUGUUUUUUAUUUGAAUAUUGCUAUCUGACUUCUCUAUUGUAAUAAAUAAUUUCAAUUGUAUAAUCAAACUCUGCCUCAUGCAAUUAUAACUAAGCCUCUUAAGCAUCUGAUACCUGUCAAGUGGACAAGCUUGACCUCUAGAGCAAGGCUUGUCUUAUCAAGCUGACAUACAGAUUAAGAAAAUAGCUUUAUAUAUGAGUGGGAGCCAGCUGGUGAACAUAAAGAAUUUGUAACAACAGAUUCAGUGAUUUAAUCUAAAACAAGUCUGAAAUAUUUUAUGUUUUAGGAACUUCAGCCAGGAUAAUGUAAAUAUUACUAUUCAACUUAGCUAAUUACUUAGUCACAAAUUUGGUCUUGGUACAUAUUUUUAUUGCCCCUCCUUCUAGUCAUUUAAUGGGAAAGAAUUUGAAGAUGUUUCAUUUAUUCCAUAAACAACAAUGGUCUUUGCAGUAAUCUCAGACUCAUUGUAAUUUCAAUCAAGGGAGCAUGUGGUCAGUAAAAUAAACAGAAAAACAUGAGCAAAUUCAAAUAGUGCUAGAAUGUUUUCAGUUAGGAAAAAUGAAUAAAGUAUAAAUUAAAGGGACACCGUAGGCACUGUAUCUGCUUCAUCUCAUUAAACUGGUUAUAGUGUAUGAGUCCCCUGGUGCCAUCAUUUCUUUCGGCAUUAAACAGUUUUUAAUGUUGUAAUGUUUUAAUGUUAAACAAGAGACCACGGCAGUCCGUCCCCUCUGUGCUGCUUUGGCUGAUAAGGAAGUAUUACCCUGAGCAGCAAUGGGCAGCUGUGAUUGGCUGAGAGUGUCAGCUGACUGCUUUUAGCCUGUCAGAGUUCCAACUGACGGUAUGAAUGGGUAUGACAACAAGGAAGUGUGUAAUCUCUGCCUUAGCUACACAUACAGAAGGGGCCGGACUGUGGGUGGCCAGGGACUCUUAUUUUGUGGCAUACUGCACAAAAAUGGUGCAACACUGAAUGGAGGGACAGUGCCAGGGCACUCCAGGCACUAUAACCAAUUCAAAGAGACAAAGUGGUUAUAGUGACCACAGUGUCCCUUUAAGCCUCAUUAUUGAAAUUAAUAAUUUGUUUACUGUCUUGACGUUUUGCUUUCUCAGAAGGUGACAUGGUAGAAGGUGAAGGUGACAUGGUCUCCCAAUCUUCCCUAAAUUCCUGUCCUGCUCACAUUGUAUUACUGUCAAGUUGGACUGUGACUAGUUUCCCAGAAAUCCUAGCUUGACGUGCAAAUGUCAAUACUAUUCAGGGAAGCCUUCUAUGUUGUUGUCAUCAUCGUUUUCAUCAUUGUUGUCAUUGUCAUCAUUCUUUUCCAGAUCCAGUCACAGCUUCAAUUAUCACCGCAUUCUACUGUUUCCAUGUAUGCCUUCCGUUCUUUAGUCCAUCAGCACUCUAUGCCCCUUGAGACAGAAAAUAAUAUGAGCAAAUAGUUUCAUGAUUUUUGCCUUCCUUUGCCCGUGCCAACUAUAUUCCUCAUGGACUAACUAUAUCCAUUCAUCCCUCUUCUCCUGGCUUUGCAAACCAUUCCCCUUAGAUAUGUAUCCCAUUUCUCAAAUAUUAAUAAUGUAUACACAUCCUUGAAAUACUGCUUACCUUCCUUUCUAUUCCCUCAUCUUCACAGCCGUUGCCUCUUUGUAGUCACAUUCUUAUCUGUGUUCCUUUUAUCAUGUGUUUCUUUUAGUCCCUUUACUGGAAGAAGUUCCCUCAUGAGUUUUCACAAACAUCUGAAAACAAGCCUUAAUUCUUCCUUUUCUUCCAUAUUAAAAUCCCUCUUGACCUAAACUGACUUCCUUUUUCCUCUAUUUCAGUCCAACUUGUCAAAGUCAUUAAUUCUUCCUUUUAUUUCAACUCUUUAGAAGUGUACCCAUUGCCCAUACUUUUGAUCCUAUUUUCCACAGUUGCUAAAAUGAUUAUUUCACCUCACUCUAAUGUAUAUGCACAAAGUGACCUUAUCCAUCUUUAAGGCAGUGUUUAAGGCAUGUUACCAGACCAAGAACCUUUCUUCUUAAAACAUCAUAAUGAAGACCUUACAUUCCUCAUUACCCAUCCAAAAUAUCUGUACGAUGUUAGACAAUAUUUUGAAAGGAUAGUCAGAAUGUGAAUGUUCUUAUUAUGGUAUCCCAAGCAGAGGUGAAAGACAUUGGGUACUGGGGGAUACUCUUUAGGUAGCAGAGUGACUGUGUAAUAAGCUUUAUGUUAAAAGGUUAUGGUGUAAAGAGUCCCUUUUAAAAACAAAAAAAAAUAUAACCAGAGGUUUUCAUAAAGCCAUAAACUGGAUCCAUAAUCUAAAAAAAUAAAAUAAAUUCUUGUUAGAAAAAUGGUUCACUUCUUAGACCUUGCUUGACUGUAUUUUUUUCACUUGAGAUGUCUAUAUCUAUUCAGACAAGCCAUUUAAUUUAACAUGCUAACAAGUGUGUCAUGUGUGGGAUGAUGUACUGAACGCUUUGUUAUGACUCGACUUGGUUACAGAUGGGCUCUUACUUUGGCUCCUCCUUAUGUGCAGUUGAUCUGAAUGCUGAUGGACUCUCGGACCUUUUGGUUGGGGCACCCAUGUUCUCCGAAGUAAGGGAUGAAGGACAAGUCACAGUGUACAUGAACAGUGGAAAUGUAAGUAUAAAUAAAACUAAUAAAUGUUAUAUGUAAAACACAUAGAAUCUACUCAAUAUAAAGUAAAUAACCAUAAUCUAUAUCUCAACUAAUAAUUGGCUGCUCCACAGCCGGUAUGCUUUUGGGGAAUUGCCCGCUGGCUUCCAUAUACUCAUGACAUAUUCCUGCCUGUGGACUUCAUAUUUUUUUGUAUUAAAAGUAAAUGCUAGUUAUUUUCCAAGGGUCUGUUGGCUACUUUAAUCAUGGAAUAUGUUCUCAUGCAAACUCUAAAAAUUAUUACGGACACAAGGUUCACAGCAAUUCGUAGGUUUGUAAAUAAAAUUAUGUUUAAAAACCUGCUAAUUUUAAUGUGCAAUAAUGUGUAAUAUGAGUUUUAAAGGUAAAAUAAUACAAUUUACUAUCUUUAGAUUCUACCUUGUUUCUCAUUGUACAGUGCUGUGGAUUAUGUUGAUGCUAUCUAAAUAAUUGUAAUUGUAAAUAUGUCAAAUUUCAUGUAUCCCUCCCCCCACCCCCUGACUGGCUCGUGCAACUGAGGGGGGAUUGUAUGAAUACUGGCAGUUGUUUUCUUUUUGCCCCAGUACCUUAGUCAGGAGUCUGCUUUUUUAGCUUAUGCUGUUAAAGCAGCUCAGUUACUCUUCUUACAGUAUUUUGUUGAAGAGAGAUUUCCUCUUCAAUUUCCCUUCCUAGCAUUUUUAGCAGUCAAACUGAGAUAUGGAAGACUAUAUAUAUAUAUAUAUAUAUAUAUAUAUAUAUAUUUGAGUGUGUGUGUGUCCAAAUGUAUUUACCAUCUUAUCUCAAGGUGUUUCCCUGCUUUUGUUACAUUCCAUUUUUGGAACCUUUAUCUCAGUGUUUUUCAUGCUACCUCUCUAUCUCUUUUAAAUCAGCACUGUUACCAUCUGGGUACUUUGCAGUAUUUGCAAAGACCCCUGGCUGUUACUUUGCCGCAGGGAGUCGGGGGGGGUCAGCAAAGGUGAGUUCUACUUAUCAGAACCUGGCCCUCACAGACGCCGUCCUCUUCUCCUGGUGGGUCCUCUUCAGCUCCUGGCGCUGAAUUUCAUGCAUGUACAAGAGUACAGCAUUACAGUUUAUAAAUGAGCCCUCAAGAUCCUUUAUAGAUGAAACCAGUUUGCUGCAGCCGUCAUUUGUGGCGUUUGAGGGAUUCACACUUUCAGACGUUGGUAGUUCCGCUCAGUGUCUAGAAGUGUCAGUCCCUACUUUUUCUCAGUAUACUUUCUGACUGGGAUGGAAUUUCAAUCACAUUUCAACACAUAUGAGUAUUUCACAAAGAUUCUAUCUCUAUGAACUAGUAAUUUCUCAUUGCCGCUUUAAUAUUCUAUCCAUCUUAAAUCUCUACGUAUGAAAUGAUCUUAUAUCUCUCUAUAUCUAAGUGAAAUCCUUCUCAUAUCUUUCUUACUCAGGGUUUUCUUGUAUUUUUCCUCAUUAUCUUGGGCUCUGUCACUUAGUCUCUUCUUUGCAUUGCCCCUUCCAUUUCCUUUAUACUGCACUGUCUCUCAGUCUCCCAUUUCACCUUUCUUAGACCUUUUACACUUCCCUGUUUUAUCUUAUGCUCUUGCCCCACCAUUGCACUUGUCUUAGCUGCUCUGUCUCAAAACCUAUUCCUCCUUCUCUCUCCCUGUGUCUCUGUCUCCCCUUCAGGUCUCUUUCACUAUAUCUCUACCCUCUGCCUUAUGCAUUCCUCUCUCAUCCUAACUCAUCUUAUGGUGAAGUCCACUUCUAAUUUCUAAGCCCUACUCCUAUGUCUACUACAGUAAAUAUUCAAAAAUAUUUGUAUCUUGUUGGCAUGGUGGUUUAUUCUUUUCAGCUAUAUAUAAUACUAGUCGGAAUUAUCCUGGUCAUCUCUCUCAUUUAAUCCACUGUUUUACAUUGUACAGGGCCUUCAAUAGCCACUGGGAUACCACUCAUAUCACAGAGUUACCACACAUGCGAGGGAGGCAACAGAGAAGCAGUGAGAAUUAAGCAGAAAACUAGUGGUUUCUCCCACUCACUUGUCAAGUAACAUGGAGGAUAGGAACCUCCAUGAUACCUGUCAAGAGUUACUUAGUAGGAGCUAUCCUGCUCUCCUGUUUAGUUUUGGAUCUACUGGACUGCAUACACAUAGGCAAGCGAUGGUAUGCGCAGGACUAGCAUUAUCAAGUGCAUCUGUACUGUAGCCUUGUGGACUAAAUAUUUGGCACUUCUGCUUAAACCUUGCCCACUCAGUAUUUUUUCUAAUAUAACAUUUAUAUGUUACAAUAACUGCUACAUUUUCCAGCAUUGUAAAGACAGGUGUCUAAGAGCAAAAAGUGGGGGGUUACAAUAUGGGUCUAAUAAAUACUCCUAUUUAUGAACAGCAUUUAACACUUAUUAUCACUAAUCAUACCUUUAAGUUAUAUGUAAAAAUAUUGAGAAUAGUUCUCUCGAAGCAGUAAUGAAACCUACUGUAUUACCCAGAGUAUCCUUAGUUUUGAAGGAUUUUGUCCUUUCACGAGUAGUGAAUGAAGAUCUCCAGCUCUGUCCCCUUGACUUCUCAGUUGAUUUCCAUUUCCAUAAAUCUGUUUUACUUCCAGACAUAUAGUAAUUUCCUAGAGUUUACAGACUUUAUAAUCCAGCAACGCUCUUGGAAGCAGUUCAAAAGCUGUUGUUUUUUUCUUUACUUGUCUUUAUUGAUCUAUAGCAAAAGUCUCAAGGAAGUGCUUAAGACCCUCAAAUCAGGAUAAAAAAACCUCCUAGAUAAAGACAUUUAAUUUUCUGUUUCUCUUGUGUGUUCAUUAUGAUAAUAAAGCUUUUACGUCUCGCCAAACGAGGCUAUUUUUAAAGGGAAUGUUGUUUAGAAGAAAAAAUACAGUAACAGUAUAAUUUAGAGGAAGAGAGGGAGUUUGAGCUAGGAUCGUUAAACUCGAAGGCUUGUGAAGGUCUGGUUUUAGUUGGCACCAUGGGAUCUAUUUUAAAAUGGCAAAACAUCACAAUAUUUGUUAUGUUUUUGUGCUAAAAAUUUGAUUUACAGCUUUUGCUCAGAACCAUGGUUCUCUGUUGCCUACAUUGUUUACAACAUACUCUAAUGUUCUAUUUAGGAACACCUGGGUGUGAAUUUGUCUCUUAGGUACACACUAUAGUGAUAUGUAUAUAAAUAGUAUGCAUGCAAAGAAAAUCAAACUUACUAAUGAAUGUACCCUCUUUGUAGAUUUUAAUCUGUAUUUCAUAUAACAUUUUUAAUCAAAGUAACACUAUAGUGUUAUGAAUACAAAACUGUGUUAUUAACUCUGUAGUAACGCGGUGCCUCGUCAGCCCCCCCCUGUAAUGCACAUGUGUGGUGAACGCCACAUGCACCUUACACCUUGAAUAAAUGAAUUCCCAUGGGGAUUUUGAAGACACUGGACAUCCUCAUGCAAAGCAUUACAACGUCUAACACUAUUUCAUGGAGUUAAAUUCUGUAAAAAUGCAGUAGAACCUCUAGUGGCUGUCUAGAAUGUAUAAUGUAUAAUGCUAGCAAGCGAUGAUAUGCGCGGGACUAGCAUACCUGACUUUAACACAUUCAUUAUUAAUAUUGAUUACUAAACUAUGCAAGCAAAUAUUUACAUUCAGACCUAUUUAAAUGUAUCCUCUUAACCUGUGCUCUCACAACAAUUCCACAUAUUACUGUUGCCUUGAAAACAGAUAACUCUAAAAUUCAUACUGCACCCCCUGACUUUUUCAUGGUAAGCUCCAAGGACCAUAACCACCACAAUAUAUUAUAAUGGUGGAGAGUUUGGAAUUCCAGUUUUUAAGGGAUUAAUGAUGAUGAUAACCUAGCAUUUUAAAACUGGUUUAGGUAGCAUUUAUGUCAUCUAUGUAUAUAUCCACAGCAGAUUUUGCAUGGCUAGAUAUAUUGAACAUGGGAAACUGUGCCAGACAGAAACACUCAUGUAAACUCUGAAAGUACUGCCAGUAAGUCCACAAUUUAUAUUCUAAGGAACAAUACUUUCCAAUACAGAAUACUUUUUUAGUUGUAAUAUGAUCAUUCAUGACACACGUUGUGUUUGAUAGUUGUGAUGGGGUUUGUUUAAUAGUUGUGGUGUUUUUUAAAAAUUUUUUUUUUAUCUAUUAACUGGUUAAGGACUAUUGAUGUUCUAUAGUGCCUUAAUGAUUUGAGGAGGUUCUACUCUUACAUGGAAUGUUGUGCUACUAUAACAUUACUAGGGCUGUCAAUGGGUUAUGAAGGUAAAUAACGAAAGUAAAUAAAUGGUGGUAAAUACAUCAUGGUUGUAAAGGGCCUUUACUGAUUAGAUUAUGAGGACAGUAUGGUUUAUGGCUCUUCAGGGUUUAUCGCUGUUAUAAAGGCUAUCCUUCUAUCCUUAACUAUGCCUUUGAAAACACAUCUAUCAGCUCCACAGAAAAACCUAAGCAUCAUUUGUGUUAACUUGCUCUUUCUGUGAGGAAUACAAUUAACCCUUAAUGAUCAUGUAAACUCAACCCCUGUCACAAAGCAAUGUUUCCUGAUUUUGCUUUAGCUCUUUCCCAACCUAUAAAAACAAUUUUAUUUCCCUUGUAUUCAACAUGUCCAAAUAUAUGAUAUUGGCACCAGUCACAAAGGCUUGUCAUUGCUAUGUGAGGAUGUGCUCUUUGAAUAUAUACUGAAAGCACGCUGUGUCUGGCUAUGUAGGAAGCAUUGUUUCUUUUCAGGUGUUUCCUAAACUGUUUUUGUUAAACUGAUCACUCUAUCAGCGGUCUGAACACGAGUGUAAAAAGCAUCUAACUUUUCCUGUUUUUCAGGGAGUGCUGGACGAGCGGAUCACUUUAAAUGGUGACAAUGCAUACAAUGCGCACUUCGGAGAGAGCAUAACCAACCUUGGAGAUAUUGAUGAUGAUGGAUACCCAGGUUAUUAUAAAUUCAGAAUCAUUGUAGUGUAUACAUACAUAAUUCUUUAUUAAUAGCUCAAUCCACAUGCAAGUGAGCUACCAGGGAGAAAACAAAGUCUAUUUGUACAGUCAAUAGACAUAAAUGGUACAUGUGGAGAGAGGCUUUUGUUAUUAGAGGUGGUAUAAGACAUGUGGGACAUAAACAGAGGUUGGCUAGGUCCAUUGGGACAGCUGCCCACCCCUUAAAUGAGUGACCUUCAUAUUUGAAUAAUGUGUGCAUGUUAGGGUUGUAACAGUAAAAAGUGGGUUGGGAGAGAUAUUACUCAUGGAAUAGUGAAUGCUUAACUGUCAACAUAGGGGUUUCUUGUAUCGGGAAAGAUAUCCAGGUGGGGUCUAACAAGUCAUGGUGUAGGUCAAGUUAUAUAACAUCAAAGUUAAAGGAAAAUAAGAGAAAAGAAAAGAACACACAAGCAACAUUACGAUAAGUAUGCACAGGUGAUAAUACUGAGUCAAGAUAACAGCAAUGGAGGCCUCACAUGGCCCCUCAAACUCAGUGAGGAUAUUUCUGCUGCCAUCAGACAGCAUAAUGGGUGCCACGCAGGUGAUCACCAUUGUGGAUGAGAGUCCCCAUGGAGACCCUGGUCUAAAUUCAGGCAUGGUCGGCGGGGGUGGGAGGGGUCUAAGCUAGUCAGCCCCCUGUGCAUAUCUCUCUUAGGUGAUAACAGGCCCAGAUGGCUCAUACAGUUUCCCAACUUAGAAAAGUCCCGCACGCAAUGAUUUUUGCCUCGGUAAGUUAAGACGAGUGUCUUGGGAACACCCCACCGGUAAGCAACUGCUUCCAAACGUUGAACCUGCAACAGAGCUGUCAACGACCUACUCCAAGCCCGCACUUUCCUUGUAAUGUCAGGAAAAACAAGUAGUGUAGAGCCCUCAAACUGAACUGGGGACUUUAUUCUAAAGUGUCCCUCUGCCUGUCAAAUCUAUAUAUAAUUGCAUGCUUCAUUUGGUAAGAAUCAUCCACACUGAGAUCUGUGAGUUUUGUGGGCAAAAAAGGCUAUACAUCUGUACAUCCAGGCUAAACGUUGUCAGCCCUCCUAUCCUAGAAUUAAUGCCUGUGCUAUUUACGCCAUUCACUGCUUUUCAGCACAGUCACUAAUCAGUGUCAGAAUCUCUGAAAAUAAAUUAACACAUAUAUAUAUAACAAAUAAUAUAUAUAUAUACAUAUAUAUAUAUAGAUAUAUAUAUAUGUAAUACAUUGCUAAACGCAAAUACACACACCAGUCAAGCCAUAAGACUUGCUUUUUCCACAGAAAUCUCACUUUAACAGUGCUCUCACUACUGCAAGGGAUUCUGGAUUGGCGUAUGCAAAUGAGCUCAACAAAGAACCACAUUUUUGCCUUAUAAUUCCACUUUAUACAUGGAUUCCUGUUUCUGCUGUAUACAACAGCUUUGAAACAUAACUCAGGAAGAGGAGCAAAGCCAGUGAACCACUCAUGGACAGCUGUUUUGUUGUUAAUGCAACCCAUCAGCAUGAGGUUGGUUAUUGACAGUAACCAACCAUAUGUAUACAUACAUAUACAUAACAAGCCAUAAAAUGUAUACACACUUUCACAGAGGAUAUCUUUAGAGUUUUUUGAAGUUGGAUUGAAUUAUGGUAUCAAUGUAUAGUAUGAUGUUUUCUCAAAAGAUGUUGUUACCCGCAUGCAGUGGUGUAUCCUGUUUUUGUGCGGCCCUAGGCAGGACAAAACUCAGACGCCCCCCCCCCCGCGCACCACUCCCACCCAACCCUUCCCCCCCCUGCUCCGCAUUCUAAAUACACACACAUUCACUGACAUAAACACACACUCACUAAUAGACACACUCACUAACAGACACACACACACAUUCACACACACUAACAGGCAGACACACUCACUAACAGACACACACUCACUCACUAACACACAUUAACAGACACACACAGUCAGACACACACUCACUAACAGACACACACACUCACUCACAUUAACACACUCACUUUUUUUUUUUUUAACCCCCUCUCCCUCUCCCUGGGGCUGCCGGUCGGGCGGCACUGGCGAGGGAGCCCUUUCCUCUGAGCUGUCUGAUGUCAUAUUCCGGCUCCCAGCAUCACUCUGCGGUGCACGAUGGAGCUGAGCAGAGCACUCAGAGGAAAGUGCUCCCUCGCCAGCGCCACCCGCCCAGCAGCCCGUCUGGCUUGUCAGUUAGCCGCGAGGCUAACAAGACAUUUGCCCUGGGCAUUUGGGGCGACUUUUUUUGCCGCCCCCUGGAAAAUGCCGCCCAAGGCAAAUGCAUUGUUUACCUUGCGUCUAAUAUGUCCCUGCCCGCAUGACUCUAAUAGCAACAUGUAACUAGGGAUAGUCAAACAAAAUGACUGAGGCACAGUUGUCAUUUAUGGAAUAUAAGACCAUUUUAAAGUGGUAAUAAAAGUUUUAAGAAUGUUGUUGAAGUUCAACGACAAUGGAGGCGUGAGUUUGCAACAGAGCCUCCAACAAUUUCAUUAAUUUGAGAUAAGUCUGAAACCCAUGGCACUGUGUGUGAUGUGCACAAGAAAGAUCUGGUAGAUCUAGUACAGUGACAAAUCCUGCUUCAUCGGCUAUGGUAUUGGAACAGUGCUGGAACAAUUUUAUACUCUCACCACAUAAGUCUACCACACAAUGUGCACGAGAGACAGAAGUUAGCAGUAGAAGCAUAUGGUGCAUUCUUAAAGUAGCUAAGUGGAAAGGUCCCAAGAUUAUUACAUGCAAUGAAUGAGGAUGAAAUUGAAACGGCAUGUGCAGCAAUCCCUCUGGAAACUUUGGGCAAUGUUGUCCACGCAGCAGUUCUCCAUACUAAUAAGGGUCUAGAUGCUAAUGGUAACUAGUCUGAGCACCUCUAGUAAUUGUAGAGGUUAAAGGUAACAUGUAUUCAUCUAUUGAUGUCUGAAUGAAUUUAGUAUUACAAUAUUUAUGCAAGUAUUUAUUUUGCUGAAGUGUGUAUACAUGUUUCUGGCUACCUCUGUGUAGUAUUAAUGCUUGCUUCUUUUAACAGAUGUUGCCAUUGGAGCCCCAAUGGAAGAUGACUAUUCAGGAGCAGUUUACAUCUAUCAUGGUGAUGCAGAUGGAAUUGUGCCACAAUAUUCAAUGGUUGGUGCCUUAUUUUGUUUAUAAAGACAAGUGUUUUUUUCCUUCACUAUUGUUUACAUUAUUAUUUUUGUUAUUAUUAUCAUUAUCAUCAUUCAUAAGGUGAAAAUCUUACAAUACAAAAUAUCACAGGAACAAUAGUUCUAUAUUGGUAGCUUGUACUUGAACUUUGGAGAGUUUCUGUUCUUUAAUUUGCAUCCUAGAUACAUGACAUGCAUCCUCAACUCACCCCUUUAACAUUGACCAACAUUGACCAACAUCAGAGUUCUUGGGGCCCCUUAUAAAGCUGUUGGCUAACACUCAUGUACCCAUCAAGCUUUUGCCUAGCCAUCAUGUACCCAUCAAGCAUUUGGCUAACUGGGCGUCAUUGAAAAUUUAGUCCUAAAUCAACUUAGCAAAUGUAUUUCACAAACAAAGGCUAUCUAUGCCACUGCAUUUUCAACAAUACUCAGCAGCCUAAUGACGUAUUCCUCCGCUUUACUUGUGUUCAUCUAUUUCUCUCCCACCUUGUGUGUGUUUGCAUUUCUCCCUCUUACCUCCCAUUUGUGUGUCUAUCCCCUUCUCCACACUACACUUGUCUGUCUCCCCCAACUUCCACUCCUACGCUCACUCCACCUUUAACCCCUUAAGGACCACACUUCUGGAAUUAAAGGGAAUCAUGACAUGUCACACAUGUCAUGUGUCCUUAAGGGGUUAAACAACCAUCAAUAAUACCUACUGGAGAAUGUUUGAGCAAGUGUUUGUUGGGGAAUUGUUUAAAUCAGUUUUCCUGUAUAUGGUUUUAAAGGCAUAUAGUCAUUACUUCUCUUUUCAUCUCACAGACAGAUAUUUUGUAAAGCUCUAGGCUAAGCAAAUAAGUUUAAAUUCCUUAGGCUGGGAGAUGUUCUGAUAAUGUUAAAACUAUGGGAUAGGGGAUGUACAAUGUUCUUCUCAUUAAUGAGCCCCAAUAAUAAAGGGUCCAUAGAGGUUAGUCCUCUAAUCCAAAACACAUAUAUAUAUUUCAUAUAUAUCUUUAUUUGUAAAUAGACUUUCAAUGCUUGCAUAAAAAUAAAUAAUGUAUUGUAAGCAGUAAGUUACAACAAAAUUAUGCUUUAACUUUACCUUCCUGUGCUCCAUUUUGACAUGCAAUAUAUGGAUUUUUUUUAUUUUUUAUUUUAAUCUAUUUUUUUUUUUUUACAAGAUGUUAGUUUGUUUUAAGGUGUCAUUACAUCACAGUGUAAAUGAAAAUGCACAUCUAACACACUGUUCAGUUGUACAUUGUGCAUAUUAACCCCUCAAGGAUACAACUUCUGGAAUAACAUGGAAUCAUGACGGAAUAUUUCCGUCACGUAUCCUUAAGGGGUUAAUACAUAUUAUAGCCUAGAAGAAUACAUUGUUCCUUUAAAGAAUCCCUCUGUGCUUCAAGAGGACAUGCACAAAUACAAUGUUGCAUGUUUAGAAUAAGCAAAAGGCAAUACAACUACAAUUAAUGCAGCUAAUAAAGUUAUUGCAACGCACAUAUUUUCAGGGACGUCUGGCUGCUUUCAGAUUUGAUAUUUUCUGGAAGAUUAUACCACAUAUAUCAUGUAUCUGCAUGUAGUAGAGAAUGAAUACAAAAAUAUGCUUUUUUGCAUAUAUACAUAUAUGAUCACAUACACAGUGGUGUAUACAGUGUUUGUAUUUUUUCUACUACUUCCCAGUUAGUUUAGAAAAUGUAGCACAGCAUCAUCAGGCUAUUUGAAUAAGGGAUCUUUGCUCCCUGUGAGUCACAUUCAUUAGCAGCUGUAUGAAACAGGGACAUUCCUCUCACAAGAAAGUUUCUGGCCUCCAUUUUCCCACACUAUCUUUUGAAGAACCCACUCACAUGCAGGAAAUGCUGAUAAAUACAUGUCCUUUCGCAUAUCAUACUCAUUAUGCUACUUUAAUACACACAUAGAAUGGGUUUUUUACUUUUUUUUUUAAAUCAUUAUAAAAUUACCCUCAUUAUAAGACAAAACAUGUUUAAAAAUAAAAACAAAACCAACUGCAUGGUCAUGUUUAGAAUCUAGUAUAUUGAACACUUUUGCACACCUUUUUUACUGGAAUAAAAACAGAACAAAACAAAUCAAAACAAGUUUUAUAUUCUACCAAAUACUCUAUAUUCUAUGGCAGUGAAACCAUGAUUGAAAAAGAAAUAAAUAAAUAAUGAAACAAACAAAAAACACGAAUGUGAAGCAAUGCCAUCAUUUCAUCUGAAAAAUUGCAAUCAGUAAUUUGGUGUCUGCUUUUUGUUUUGUUUUAGACUUUAUAAAAUAUUAUAAAUGUCAAGGGUUAGUUUAUUGGAUGCUGUGAAACUCUGCUUUGCAAAGAAAAUAAAUUGUAUUGGAUAGAGAGCCUAACAUAUGUGGUUUUUAGAGUGGGUGGGAUUUGAGAAAGGCAAGAGCCACAAUAUCAAGCAACUAGAGACAGCAGGCCUUGUUGGAAGAGAUGCACAGACAAGGGGUGACAUAGUGGUUGAGAAAUUGCUACUGAUAUGCUUCCAUGGUUAAGCCGCUGGGAAAAUUGGUGUAUGGAAAUGAAAAUCAGCACAAUUGGUGAUUAAGGCACACAUAAGGCAAAGACUUCAAAGUGGUGCUUUAAACCUCCCAGAUUCCACUGAUUUCUCACUGUGUGUGCUUAGAACAAUUGAACACUAUUUAGCAAUGUCUGGAGUUGCUUAAGAGCUCUCGAGAGUCCGAUCAUGCAAUUUUGAAUGGCCACACUUUAGGAUAUAGCUAUGUCUAUGUGAAUCAUUUUGAAUAUAUAUUUCCAUGGAUCAAAUGGAAAGGGAUAUCCAUCCUCAUUAGCAUCCUUAUUAGAUAAGAUAACUGUGGCGGACCUGGUAUCAUUCCCUGGGGUUGCCCGAACCGAUAUUUAGUUUUACCAAACAGACCCGUAUCCCCCUAUUCAGGAAUCAAACAGAACUUGUAAGUUCAUUUGAGCAGAGCCAUCUUCAACCUAUUGUUCCUGUAAGUUUUCUUGUAAUUAUCCUAUUUAUAGCAAAAUCCCCCCUCUUAUAAUAUUGUAAAGCGCUACGGAAUCUGUUGGCGCUAUAUAAAUGGCAAUAAUAAUAAUAAUAAUUUGUGUGGUCCCCCUCUUUAUUGACUCAGAACACUGACCACCCCUGACUGUUAACAGCAAUGAAAGGAUUAACUUGAGUGCUUUCCAUGGGUGGCCACCAUUCGUAUAACCAAACGCACGUGGGCCAUUUUGUCUCCUGAACACAGGCAACCGUACUUUGUCGUCAAACUCCUUUCGGCUACACGCUCUUGUGAACCCCGGCGAAGACUUGUGGGAUUCCUAUAAUGUUUCCUUAUAUUUUCAGGGUGAUUUGUAAUAUUGUAUGUUAUUUCCUGUAACUAAAAUAUAAUUGAGUUAUCCAGUUUAGAACUCAAUUAUCUCACAGACCCAGAGCCUCCUGGAAAAAAAAAACAACCCUUGUAAUGUUGCUGUUGAGACUCCAUGUUAGGCGUCCAUGCAUAAAAAGCCGUGUAUGGCCGAAUAAAAAUCAGUUGACUCCCAGAACUGUGUGUUGUCCAGUUACUGGGGGAAUGGGCUAUCAUCACUGAGCAGCACUUUCUUCCAGCUCCAGAGGAUUCCAGCUGAGAUAUUCGAUCUUUGGAUUGCAGCUCUGCUACAAUAACAAUAAGUGCCAGUAGACUUCACUCCACCAUGUUGCUUACAAUGGACGUGUGUACCCUGCUUAAAAGCACACUUUAAUUAGCCACCUAAAUAGUUAUAUCUCGUAUUACGGUGAUAGUGGCAUUUCUUUGCUAAGUUUCAUCGUUUGUUUGUUGAUAGACAAGAAAUAAAGUGGUGGUCGUGGCUCAUUCGGAGCAUGGAGUCAGUCAGUUGUAAGGAUAAGACCUAGUUGGUUAGAAAAAUAUAGAGUGUAUUGGCAGGGCCUCUUAAAUAGUUUGAUCACAACAAAGCCCACUAUAGUAGUUUAUUAAGGUCAUGUAAAAAGGCAAAUUUCACCAACAAAAUGUGACAAUUCCUUGUUAGACAUGAGUAAACCAUUGACAUGUUUCCUGUUUGCAUACCUACUUUUGAACAAGGGAGGUUUAACAUAUAAAUAAUAUUGAAAGAAAACAUUAUGACAAGAAUGUUUCAACAAGUGUUCUCUAUUCUGUAUAUUUAAAUGUAACUACAAAGCCAAACUUUUCAUAAAUACAAUGUAUCUUUCAACAUUUCAAUACUUUUUUCCAUUCAGAGGCUUUCUGGACGAAGCAUAGAUCCGGUAUUAAGGAUGUUUGGACAAUCAAUUUCUGGAGGUGUUGAUAUGGAUAAAAAUGGGUAUCAUGGUAAGUGGAGACAAUGUGAAUAUUUUAAAACUGAUUUAUUUAAAAAGAUACUGUGUUAAAAUACCACACAUUAAUAUUUGAUAUAAUAGGGUGAACAUUAAUUGGAAGGCAACUGCAAGUUCAAUAAUCAAUAAAUAAUAAAAUUCAAUUAAUCAAUAAUUCAGAAUGUUUUUGAUAUCUUUAAAGAAGAUGCAAACAAGUUAAACAAUUGAACACGUUUACAAGUAAAAAGUUGUUUAAAAAUAAUUAUUGGAUAAUAUGAACACCCUAUAGCUCAUUUUGUAUUUUGAAUGGUUCAGUUGUUUUUUAAAUUGUUUAAACAUUUAAAUACAUCUGCUGGUUCACUGUGCAUAUCACAUCCCACAAUUUAAAUCACAUUCCAGAAUACCAGAAUAUCCACCACACUGCUAUAAUAUCCUCUGAUAAUGGCUGGUUAGAGGAGUGGUAAGGUCAGUGCUGUAGAACUGGAAAACCUCAACAGUAAUUGUCCUUUUACUUAACAUGGCAUCGGUUCAAAAAUAUCUGCUAUUAUAAACAUAACAUACAUCUCUAUAACUUUGUCUCUGUCUUGCGUAUGAACAUAUUUCAAAAUUAUACAGAUGAUCUGGUUAAAGAAUUAUGGUAAUGUUUUGUGCAUAUUUUUUUGUGAUCUCAUAGGUUUCUGUCCUGUAUGUGAACAUUAACUUGAUUGUGAUGUUCCAUCUAUACCAUUAGCAAAAAAUGACAUGCUCUUAUUUCAUUCUAACUUAUGUCCUCUGACACUUUUGACCCUAUUUUGCAAGGAAUUAUAUGAAGUUAUUAUCCAAAGUACAACAAACAUAAUUGCAAGCUGGCACUCUCCUGAAAGAAAGGUGCCAGUAUCAAAGUUGCCCGCAAACCUCAAAUAAAUAUUCACAUAUACAAAAAUGAUACCACACUCGAAAAAAUUAUCUAAAAAGUUGUAUGCAGAAAGUGCUUAAUGUCUUGUCUUAUGAGACAGUGUCAAUAAAUAUGAUUUGUUCAAAUAUAUGUGCCAACGCUGAUAUAUAACCUCCACCUUCAUAGUGAAAUACAUGUGCAGAAAUUAUAAUCAAGAAACAAAAAAAAAAUAUUAUCACAAAAUAUGAAUACACAGGCAGGUCCCUUCUGAUCAGGUUCUUGGUAUUACUGUGGUAGUCUAUACCAACGUGAGUACAAUGUCAUACGGCAUCUUUCAUCAUCCAUAACAGUAAGAGUGAUGUCCUCGAGGUUAUUAAAUUGGUACCUAAUUUCUUCCAUUAAUAGAAAAAAAAUAUGUAGUGGAUAAACAUGAAAAGAAAAAAGAGAAAAGAAAAGGGAAAAAAUAUAGAAAAAAAAUACAGAGGAUAAAGUCCCAAUAUCCAUUUAAAAAAAUUCCAUCAGUAACUUCAUGGAUAGAUCUCACCACAGUAUGGGCCAGUCUCAGGUUCUUGCUAGGUUUGUUCAUCCACACAGUUGAUCCUGAUGUUUUGAGGGCUUGUCAUGCAGUUAUCUGCAAGGUACCUGCAUUCCGGGGCUGCGCGGUCGGGAUCAAUUUCCCCUAUAAUCCAAAGUAG